AUGUAUGCCAAGAAGAAUUUGGUGAGUCUAACAAAAUCAAACGAUUUUAAUCCAAUAACGACAAGGCAACCGAUUAAUGAAAUAUGUGGUGCUACUGUUAUACAGGUAAAUGAUACGUCAUAUCGUGGAAGUGUCGGCUCGUCACGAUCGUCAUCAUGUGAACGUAUUCAAUCAGAUUUAUCAGCGGUGACAAGAGUUGAUUUGAGUAGUCGACUUACUCAGUUUGAACCUCAUCAUGGAACUCCAAGAAGUGUAAAAUAUCGCAAUAAGGUAGAUUUGGCAUACAACUUGGAUAAACAAAUAGGUCUUUUCGUAAAUAUUGGUUGA